ACAGAAUGACAUUUAAAUUUGGUUCACUGUGCGGAUGACAGCGGAGACUUUUAAUCAUAUCUAAUAUUAAUUAUUGUUAUUGUUCAAGUGGUGUUUUGUCUAUGUCAACCGAAAUGAUCAAUCUAAAAUAAGGUUUCCGUGCAAACGAUCUUUUCUACACAGCAAUUAACCAGCAGAAAAAUUGGAACUAUUUCUUUUUUACAUAUUUUGAGCAAGAGAACGAAAGAGAGAGAGAGAGAGAGAGAAACCGAACGAAGAACCAUAAACUAUUAGCGAAAAAUGGCAUUACGGUCGACAUUGGGUCGCCUACAAUCCGAAUCGACACUAUUUCUAUUAUGCGAUUUACAAGAUAAAUUUCGGUCGGUGGCACACCACAUUCCGGCAAUUAUAACAAAUGCACAAAAGCUGUUAUCUAGUGGCAAACAGCUUGACAUUAAGUUAAUUGUUACGGAACAAUAUCCAGAGCGAUUAGGUAAAACAGCACCGGAAUUGAAUGUGUCACAUGCGAUUGGUGUGUAUCCAAAAUUGGAAUUUAGCAUUAUGAAAGACGAAAAGCUAAAGCAUGCAAUUAUCGGCCUGAACAAUGUGAAAAGUGUUGUUCUAUUUGGUCUUGAGACGCAUAUUUGCAUCGAACAAACGGCCAUGGAUUUACUGGACAAUGAUUAUGAUGUGCAUAUUGUGGCCGAUUGUACGACAUCACGUUCGGUCGAAGAUCGUUGCCUAGCAUUUCAACGUCUUCGUCAAAUUGGAUGCUUCAUAACAACCAGCGAAAAUGUCAUCUUUAAAUUAUUGGGCGGAAAAACACAUCCACAAUUCUCAUGGAUUCUACCGUUGGUGUCGAAAAAAUCCGAAGAAAGUGGCCUUGCUGGAGCACACUUUUUAGAUGCCUAAUUGAAAAUUUGUCUUUGAAGAAGAAAAUAAACAUCUUUUUUUUUGCUUCGUUUGUUGAUUAUCUUAUCUGGGUUUUGGGUUGUCAGUAAUAAAUUCUUCAUUCCGAAAAGAACAAACAAAAAACUGCGAGUAAAAAAAAUGCCGAUAAAAAAAUGUUGCACUUUGACUUGAGCUAAUAAUAAAAGCACGAAAU